CAAACAAACGAGUGUUUGGUCCCUCUGGGUCUUUCUGGAUGACAUCACUGAAGGGGAGCGGCAACCUCUCGAAAACACGCUGCACUCUUUGAACCGCUGUCCGACUCCUUGAUAUUCACAAACCACCGGUGGCGCUCUGCCUCCGCAGGAUCUUACAAGUCUCCCACCACCAGGAGCUGCGGUCUGCCAUUUACAGAAGCCUGUCAGGUGUGCGUAAAUCCGUCGCUACACGGCUGUUGCGCAGCCAAACACGGAAGGAGAAUAGCCGAGUCGUACGUAUUUUUUCGGUGGGUGGUGUUGGGGGGGGGGAAAUGUCCUAGGGGAUGGGCCAAGCUCCCGGGAAAACGCUGGCUCCGUUUCUCUGCUGUCCGCGUCGGGGUUCGGGAGUUGUCCUGCUGGUGGCACACACGGACCGCUGACCGCAACGUGAGUCCACGGCGUGCUCGUCGAGAGAGCGGGGGACACUGCUGUGGUGAGAAAUAAUCAUGCCGAGCUCCGAAGGAAGGACCUGAAGAAAAAAAAAUCGCCCCAGCGUGUGAAACAGCCGGAGCCGACGACGUGUUGCCGUUAAAACAGAAGAGAGGCGUCACUGUCCAGCGGUUGUGUCAUUAAUGGUGUGUGUCAGAUCCGCCUGUCAGCCCGGCGGUUAACCGGGGAGGCUCCGGCUCUCCGAUGCCUCUGGAUCCAUUCAUCCCGUCCGCGGUAAUGACGUCUGCUCGGUCGGUAUAAACCCAUCCGAGAGACAUCUGAGGAUCCGUCCACCCGACGCUGUGUGCCGGCGCCGGGGAGAGCGGGACUGAGGCGGGUCGGCAGCCGGGGGGAUAUGGGAGAGAGUGCGGAACCGAUGCUGUGGGUCUUGGCAAGGCAUCGUCAAAAUACAGGGCAGUGAUGCCUGGGAUGGUGAUGUUUCGGCGGCGCUGGUCAGUUGGCAGUGAUGACCUGGUGCUGCCCGCCCUCUUCCUUUUUCUAUUACACUGCAUCUGGUUGGUGGUUUUGUCCGUGGUCCUGUUCGGCCUCCCCUAUGGCUCAGACCAGUCCUGCUCAAUAACACUGGUGGACCAUGGCCGGGGCUACCUGGGCAUCCUGGUCAGCUGCCUUAUAUGUGAGAGUGCCAUUAUGUGGUUGAGCAUGAGAGGCAGCAUUUUGUACACACAGCCCAGGGAAGCUGUGCAGUACGUCAUCUAUAUACGGCUCGCUAUCCUGCUGGUGGAGCUGGCUUAUGCUGUAGUAGGAAUUGCCUGGCUUGUCCAGUAUUACCAGCCAUGCUCAGAUGUCACGGCCAAAAACCUGGCUUUGGGAAUUGUUGCAUGCAACUGGCUUGUGAUAUUCAGCGUUUGCAUCACCCUCAUGUGCACCUUUGAUCCUACGGGUCGGACUUUUGUCAAGCUCAAAGCAACCCGUCGGCGUCAGCGCAAUCUCACGACGUAUACAUUAAGACACAGGCUAGAGGAAGGCCAAGCCAGCAGCUGGAGCAGGAGACUUAAGUUCUUCAUGUGUUGCACAAGAGCUCAGGAUACGCAAUCGGAUGCAUAUUCAGAAGUGGCCAGCCUUUUUGCAGAGUUCUUCAGAGACCUGGACAUUGUGCCUAGUGAUAUCAUUGCUGGCCUCGUACUUCUCCGCCAGAGACAGAGAUCUAAGAGAUCUUCCAUCCUUGACCAGGCCAACAAUGACAUUAUAGCCUUUUUAUCGGGAAUGCCUGUCACACGCAACACUCGAUACCUGGAUCUUAAGAACUUGGCUGAGAUGAACAUGUACAAGGAUGUGUGUUACUAUAUGCUGUUUGCCCUGGCUGCAUAUGGUUGGCCCAUGUACCUGAUGAGGAAGCCUGUCUGCGGGCUGUGCCACCUCGCCAGCUCAUGCCCAUGCACCUCGGUUUCUGGCUCUCGGUUGUCUCAGUCCGUGACAGUGGAGGAAGAUAAUUGCUGCGGCUGUAACGUCCUGGCCAUUCGCAGACACUUCCUUGACAGGGAUCUCAAGCAGGUUCACAUUGUGUACACUUCCUGCCAUGAUGCCGUUUAUGAGACUCCGUUUUUCGUGGCUGUGGACCAUGAUAAAAAGAAGGUUGUCAUCAGUAUCAGAGGGACGCUUUCGCCAAAGGACGCUUUGACUGAUCUGACAGGAGACUCUGAACGUUUGCCCGUGGAGGAGCAGCACGGCACCUGGCUUGGCCACAAGGGAAUGGUUUACUCAGCAGAAUACAUUAAGAAGAAACUGGAGCAGGAAAUGAUCUUGUCACAGGCUUUUGGAAGAGACUUGAACAAGGGCACCAUGCACUACGGGCUGGUGAUAGUGGGGCACUCUCUGGGUGCAGGCACUGCUGCUAUCCUCUCCUUCCUGCUGAGACCUCAAUACCCCACACUUCACUGCUACUCUUACUCUCCACCUGGUGGCCUUCUGAGUGAGGAUGCCAUGGACUACUCCAAAGAGUUUGUCACUUCUGUGGUAUUAGGAAAAGACCUGGUACCCAGACUCGGCCUGUCACAACUGGAGGGUUUCCGACGCCACCUUCUAGAAGUCUUGCAGAAGAGUAACAAGCCAAAGUGGAGGAUCAUUGCGGGAGGCACAAAAUGCAUCCCAAAAUCAGAGCUUCCCCUGGAGGAUGAAGAUCCUCAGUCCCAGCCGGCCGCUCCACCCAGCAGCCGCCUGUGGCUACACCCCAGUGACCUCAGCAUCGCCCUGUCAGCCUCCACGCCCCUCUACCCUCCAGGCCGGAUCAUCCAUGUGGUGCACAACCAUCCUCCAGAGACAUGUUGUGGCCAGGAAGAGCCGACCUACUCUGCUCUGUGGGGGGACAACAAGGCCUUCAACGAGGUCAUUAUUUCACCUGCCAUGCUGAACGAGCACAUGCCUCACAUGGUGAUGGAGGGCCUUAAUAAGGUCCUGGAGAACUACAACAAGGGAAAAACGGCUUUGCUAUCAGCUGCCAAGAUCAUGGUGAGCCCCACGGAAGUGGACUUGAACCCAGAGUCCAUAUUCAUGGAUGCAUCAGCGAACUCCCAGCAACCGACGCCUACAACCCACCACCGCAGGAACAGUAGUGUUCGACAAAAACCAUUGUUACGUUCGUGUGCCCAGUCUGAAAUAUCUCUGGACGGUUUCUCUGAGUGCCCUCCUCCCCCAGUGCCUGUAGUGCUGCGAGGAGCACGGGAGCGCCUUGCAGUGGAGCUGAGGGACCGCAAAGCACCGCUGGCCGUCAUGGAGAGCCUAUCAGACGCAGAGUCUCUCUACAGUCUGGAUUCCCGACGAUCCUCAGCUGCAUUGAGGGGUUCGCCAAUGCUUGGUAGCCUCCCAUUCCCAUUGGAUGCCCCAAUCCCGGAGGAGAAUCCGUCUCUCAGCUCUCGCACUGAACUACUCGCAGCAGACUGCCUUUGCCAGGCAACGCCAGAGCACAUGGGUGAAGUCGGGCCCUUCUUUACCCCUGUGGAGUCCACCCCAGAUUACUCUAUGCGGCUGUCUCCAGCCACACCUCGCUACAGUGGACACCAUUCCCCUGCUCUUCUGAACCAGAGUGUCUCGGCUCAGCCUUUUAAACCAGAUCCUAAUGCCACUGCAACAAUUCUUCCUGAUGGGGAUAACCAACAAAUGCCUGGCGUGUACAGCCCAGGGAGCACUCCUAACACUCCCCUGAGCCCAGAAAUGGGUUCUAGACCAGUGGAUAGAGAGAAAGAGGACUGGGAUGUGGACACCACUGAGAAACUAAGUGGAGAGACCAGACCGGCAGCUUCGACGCCUCCUCCGCAGCUAUCCAACGGGAAUCCCAGCCAGGCAGUGCUGGAGUUCGCCCAGUACUUGGACUCUUUAUUUAGACUGGAUGGCAGCAGCUCGCCACCUCUGGAGCUCUCUGACGGGGAGUCGGAGUCAGGUCGGGGCUCUUUUAGCCAGAGUGAAUGUCUCGGAGACGUACAGCAGUUGGAUGACAAACAGCUUCUGGCCAGAGCAACACUGGAGCCUAAUCUCGUCCCCAAGCCCCCACGCACUUUUGCUGGAUCUGCCGACCCCUCCUCGGGCAUAUCUUUAUCACCCUCCUUCCCUCUAUCGUCGUCUGAGGAGCUUAACGACCUCUCCCCGAGCGAGGGCGCCCCGUCAGCCAUACACUCACUACGAACAUCCACCCCUUGCCACUGUCCCGAGGAGAACACACUAUCGUCAAUGGUGUAGUCCGCCUUGAAGGCUCCCACGUCCUUUGUCCCAAGCGGAGAGGUGCAGUCAUCCAAACAUAUCACAGUACAUGCAUGCAUUGGAAUGCAGUCACUCAUUAGAGCUCCAGUGACAGAACUUCACUGACCAACUCACAGACUACAUCCAUCCUGAAGCUGUCCCCCUUUGAACUGUGUUUAUAGCAUUUUCACACUAUUGCAAUGACUUGAGAAAAAAAAAAAAAAGAUACCUCUCUCUGCAUGCCAGGGGGCUGUGCUGCUUUUGGGUGAAUAAGAAUAACUGUAGCUUCACAAUGCCAUUCCAAAACAAUGUCAUCUCACCCACGUAGAGAUGCGUCCACUUCACAUUGAUUUCCUGACUUGCCAGAAUCAAAGGGAGAAUAGUUACACGAGCAGGGAAUAAAAACUCAAUACUGUAGAAGAGGUUAGCAUUGGCACAUCAUCUGGGUUGAUGUACUGAUGAACUUCCUGCAUCCUCAGCAGCGCCGGAAAAUUGCCCAGCUUUUACGUUGUUUUAUUUUUUUAAAUCAGGAAUGUGAAGAUGGACAUAUUUGUUAAUAAACUGAAGUGAGAAGACAUUAAGAAAUGUUCCUCAGGUCUACAAAGAAUCGACUUUGAGAAAGAGAGUAAGUGUGUUACAUUGGUGAGAUUCCAUGUGUCUUAAACAUUUAGUGAUUGUGACAAAGUUAUUACAGACGCCUAUGGAUGUUUUGGGGUCUUUUGGUUACUCUUUAUAGUGCAUGAAGACUUUUUUUUUUUUUAAGUUAUUUAUUCUUGAACAUAAAUUGUCACUAAGCCACUUAGAUUGACAUUUGGUUACACUUGCACACAUCAUAUGGCUCAAUUUAUCCCCUUUGCCAAAAAUUGAAUACAUUGUCUUGCCAAAUGUAUUUAUGAGAUGUAAUUUUGUAUAUGUAUGUGGAUAUUGCUUUAUUUAAACACAAGCUGAGUUCAUUCUCUCCUUCCCCAGCCAUUUUUUUGGUUCCCAUGUAGACUGUUAGAGAGCAACACCAUGGAAAAGAUGUCUGCCAGACAUAAAACACUGCCAUCAACCUUCAUUUUGAGAACACAACCUCUGCACAUUGUAUUUUGAUCAAAUAACUCACAUUCUAAUAGUUGUCCUGGUGUCAAAUACUGUACAUUUCUCCUCCGGAGAGCUCUUAGCAAUGUUGCCAGGUCACAGGUGUCUGCAUGCUUUAUGCAUUUCAGAGUAGCAUGGCUGGUAUAGAGCAAGUCUUGUCAUUAUGCCAAACAGUAAAUAAGCUGUAAACAUGUCCAAAAAUCCUCAUGUAAACUCAAACUACUGAGAGACAUGGCCACUAGGCAGGGCCAAACAGCAUAUCCCAGGAUGUCUUUUCUCUUGCUCUGAAGGUGCUCUCGGUCAUUUCAGACGUCAAGGUGUUUGCUUCCCUUUAAUCUGGUUAAUCUCAAACACCCUUGAAGUUGGGCUGAAUGAAUAAAUGGGCUCGAACAAUGUGUAUGCAGAUCCUAAAUACUGCGUGUGGCAUACAAUCUUCCAUAUCGCUCUGGGUGGAACAGAUGGCUCACAAUUUGCAUUAUUUAUUACUGUUAAUGUUAUCACAUUUAUUGCUAUAUUUGAUGGUAUUAUUAUCCUUAUUGCUCUUGCAACAGAUUGGUUUGAUGUCAGUGGUUUUUAAUCUCAGUUUUUAGGAAUGUGUGGGGAACUUUUCAGACUUUCCCAAAUGUAAGGAUUAUAUAUUUAAGCUUUUUUCUGUCCGAGUUUUAAAAAAAGUAUUUGAAAUUCUGCCAUGGCAUGGUUAAAAUAUGCUUCAUUUUUUUUUCGCAAAUACGUCGUAGUGAUGGGACAUGCUGCAGACUGACAGCUUUCUCACAGCAGCCUUUGGUGCAGCGCCACAAUCAAGCCUGGAGUCACCACAGUGAUCUGCACAGUCUCUAUAAUUGGAAUAGGAUUUGCUGUGGUUACUCACAGCAGACAGUUCCAGCCAGUUUACAGUCUGACACCACUCGAUUCAUGCUGCCAGUCCCAGCAGAUAGACCAGUCCUGGGCCAGCAAUUUCCUACAGUCAGUAGCUUUGCCUGCAGCUGGUCAUCCACUAAACACUGCUCAAAGACAGCAUUGAUACUUUCCACCAUGAUGUGUACAGCACCAUCUUCUAUGUGUAAUUAUUUAUGCAGAUGUCUGAAAAAAAGAAUAAUUCCAAUAGAGUCAUGUAGAAAAACAACUAUAUAACAAUAAGGAGAUGAUAACUAUAUUAAUAGAUUUUAUGGAG